UUACAGUUCUAGGUGUGUUGUGCAGGUGAGGGAGGCAGUUUGCUUUAAUAUAGCCGCCAAUUCGCCGCCUCUCCGGAAGAAACAGAUAGAUAAAUGGUGUAAAGUAAGUUUCUUUAACAUCUGUAGCCUCAGUCUUGGCUUCCGUGCUGUAUUGCAAUCCUGGGCAAUUUGAUGAAGUUGGAUUUGUACCUGUCCAGUAUGAAUACAAUAGGGACUGGUGCAGACGAAGCCUUUGACUAUCUCUUUAAGAUCGUGCUGAUCGGAGAUUCCAACAUUGGCAAGACUUGUUUGGUCCAUCGUUUCAAAACUGGAGUCUUCAUGGAGAAACAGCAGAACACAAUCGGAGUCGACUUCAUUGUCAAAACACUGGAUAUCGAGGGCAAGAGAGUAAAGGUGCAGGUGUGGGACACAGCUGGACAGGAGCGAUUCCGGACCAUCACACAAAGUUACUAUCGCAGCGCACAUGGAGCCAUGAUCGCUUAUGACAUCACCAAGCAAUCCUCCUUCAACUCCGUGCCACACUGGGUGAAUGAGAUUCAGCGAUAUGGGGCUGCUAAUGUCGUCCAGAUGUUGAUUGGGAACAAAGCUGACCUGCAGGAAAAGCGUGAGGUUCCAUUCGAGGAAGCCUGCAAUGUUGCGGAGAAGUUUGGACUCUUGGCCGUGCUGGAAACAUCAGCUAAAGAAGCACAGAACGUUGAUGAGGCCUUUAUAAUGAUGACCCGAGAGCUGCUGGCUAGGAACGGGCUGCACUUGUCCAGUGAGAACACUCAAAGUACACUCCAGCUGGACUCACGGCCACUUCAUGCCACUGUGAGCACCAAGAAAAGUCCCUGCUCCUGUAAACCACAUUGAGCAGCAAGGUUUGAUCAUAGGUGAGGCCACAGUUUGGAUCCUGCAGCAUAACAGCCUCCAGGGUGACAUGAUCCCUUUCCUGGAACAACUUGAGGGACACCACUAAAGCUGAUAGAUGAGAUAAGACUGGAGAAGUGAUGGUCACUCUGCACUUGCUGCUGUGAUAUUUGUUCAGCUAUCUCUUGAACAUAAUGCAUCUAAUGAAAGUCCAUGUCAUUUCUUGGGUCUUUACUGAAAAGCAUUCUGUAAAAUAAGGAGAGACGGACUCACUACAACUCCUCAUGUUCCAGGUCCUCUUGCAAGCAUUGAAAUCUAUUCCACAAUAUGUGACAGCUGCUGUAACUUAGGAACCUGUACAAGGAGAGGACUGUUCAAAUAAAGUCA